UAUUAGGGGGCACGCUGCGGAUGCUUUAGUAUAGCUCCGGAACUUCAGCGCGCAUAAACAUGGUCUCAGCGAAAUUGCUACUUUUCACUGCCCUUGUGGCCGUUAUGGCCGCCAACAGCUCGGCAGGACUUGUGGACUAUAUAUUUCCCGCAAUCGUGACGGAAUUUUACAAUAAUGCACCCACCAAGGAGGGAUACCGUUUUUCAUCUGAAGAGCCCAAUGGAAGCAAGCGCGAGGAAAUUGGUGUGAUCAUGAACCCCGACACUCCUGAUGAGCAACUGGUCGUGAUGGGUAGCUACUCCUCAUAUGAUGAAAAGACUGAUACCGAGACUGUGACCAUGUACACCGCCGACAAGGAUGGUUACAAGGCCCGCUACCAGAUCAAGAACCGCAAGCUGAGCCCCGGCGCCCUGAAGUCCGCCGCUGGAUAGACUGCAUAAAGAUUGAUGAUUGUAUAGAAAUGUAAACAAAGAAUCAAAAAUAUAUAUUUUCCACCGCUGAAA